CUUUUCGGAAGUGCCGGAAGCGGAAGUUGCUAAGAGGUGGGGGGAGUUGUCGGGGAGACUGUCGGGUUAUGUUCGCGCUCCAGGAGCUCGCGCCUCCGCUACCCGAGCAGGGUCCUUGUGACUCCCUGAUUCCGGAAGUCCCCUGUACUUUGCCUGGAGUGAAGUCCGGCUUCCUGGUGUCCCGGUAGACCCCCCGCCAUGGGCAACACGAGCAGCGAGCGCGCCGCGCUGGAGCGCCAAGGCGGCCAUAAGACCCCCCGAAGGGACAGCUCGGGGGGCGCCAAGGAUGGGGACAGGCCCAAGAUCCUGAUGGACAGCCCUGAGGACGCCGACCUCUUCCACUCGGAGGAAAUCAAGGCUCCAGAGAAGGAAGAAUUCCUGGCGUGGCAGCAUGAUCUGGAAGUGAAUGAUAAAGCUCCUGCCCAGGCGCGGCCAACUGUAUUUCGAUGGACGGGGGGCGGAAAGGAAGUGUACUUAUCUGGGACCUUUAACAACUGGAGUAAGCUUCCCCUCACAAGAAGCCACAAUAACUUUGUAGCCAUUCUGGAUCUGCCGGAAGGAGAGCAUCAGUACAAGUUCUUCGUGGACGGUCAGUGGACACACGACCCUUCUGAGCCAAUAGUAACCAGCCAGCUUGGCACAGUUAACAACAUCAUUCAAGUGAAGAAAACUGACUUUGAAGUAUUUGAUGCUUUAAUGGUGGAUUCCCAAAAGUGCUCCGAUGUGUCUGGAGAGCUGUCCAGUUCCCCGCCAGGACCCUACCAUCAGGAGCCCUACAUCUCAAAACCAGAAGAACGGUUCAAAGCGCCACCCAUCCUGCCCCCGCAUCUGCUCCAGGUCAUCCUGAACAAGGACACGGGGAUUUCUUGUGAUCCAGCUUUGCUCCCUGAGCCCAACCACGUCAUGUUGAACCACCUUUAUGCGCUUUCCAUCAAGGAUGGAGUGAUGGUGCUCAGCGCGACCCACCGGUACAAGAAAAAGUAUGUCACCACCUUGUUAUACAAGCCCAUAUGAAGAGCUGGGAGCCAGCAGUGGGCCCCGGGAACAGUUUGCACCACCAGGCCCCAUGCAGGCGUGCUUCCCACUAGAGGGAAUGGACUGUACAUUUCUCAUUUCACACUCUUCACAUUUCACACCCGCCCUAGUCCUACUUGAAGGUUUGUUCCAGGAACAGCAGCUCCUGAAACACCUCGGUCUGUAUCGGUCGUCCCAACGCACAGUGGCUGUGAAUGGAGUUGAGGAAAGCAGGUCUGCAGCCCCCCGAGGAGCGUGAGCAUGGGUGCAGUUCUAGACAGCUGCUGAACUGGUCAUGGAGAUUUCUCUUAAGCCAAAAAUCAACACUAGCCACUUUGCUAGUAAAAAUCUGGGAAGCAGGGACCGAGGCCACAUAAAAUUUCUAAUUGUGCGUUUUUAGGGCCAUCGACUUGUCGCUGUUGAGGCCUGGCUGUGGCGCUAAGUAUAACAAGUACAGUGUUGGUUUUGCCUGUCCUCUGAAAUCAUAGCAAUAUUAUCUCCUGUUCUCUGCUCCAGGGAGGUGUAAUUUCUGUAGGAAUUAGAACCUGUCUGAUUUCCAGAUGAAGUUUUACAAUUGUUAUUUACAUUCGUAUGCACUAAGUUUUAUUGUUUUGUUAUUUUUUUAACCAGAGGUGGCUGACUAUACAGCCUUAGGGCAAUUUUCUAAUCACCCGAACUAAAGAUCAUGUGAAUGAACAGUGCUCAGCAAUAAUCUGUUCUCAGAACAGACUUUGAAAACCACUGCCGGAUUUCUCCAUUAAGCUGGAUGAUCCUGUGACCAUUCGCUGGAAGGUUGUCCAGCUUUUUAUUCUAAUCGUGAUGAGGUGACAGUGUUACCGUAAGGACUUUGGAGAAGCACUCUGCUCGAGCCUGUGCCACCUUGCUCGGAACCUCUGUCCCUACUUAGCAAAGAAGGCUGUUGCUUAUUCUGGAAGGAUCUUUGAACUUGACAGCAGCCUUCUAAAUGAGUCUCGGGAAGACAUCCUUUGGACCAAAGCGAACCUCUUUGCACUCGGCCUGGUUUCCAGGGAGAUGCCGCAGAUGUGCCCGUUAGUGCAGGUUCUGUCCCCGAGUCAGCAGAAGCUGUCACUGUGCGCUGUGUUCCUGCUGCAGGACGGAGGACUGAGCUUCCUGGUUUCCAGUGCUUGUUUGGUAACCUGGAGUCUGGAUACCCGUUUUUGUUACUGUUUUCAAAACACUGAAUUACUAUGACCUUGACAUACCGGUUUCAAUAAAGCUUUGUAAAGAUAAUGGGA